AAAUAUAAGGGAGGAAAGCAUGCACUUUCCGGUUAUGUGGUCUCCAUUGGACCUCUCUGUAGUUGGGUCCAAACUUUUCAUUUCUGUGUCACUUGCUUUUGCAGUUUUCUUUUUCUUCACCUUCUUCCCGUUCUCCCAGAAAAAAAAAGAGCCACCAGCUAAGAAAAUGUCGCAGCCACCAGAAAAACAUGAGCGCACACACAACCUGGGGAUUGGGAAAGCCAUUGCUGUGCUGACCUCGGGAGGAGACGCGCAGGGCAUGAAUGCAGCUGUCCGGGCCGUGGUUCGAGUGGGCAUCUUCACAGGAGCCAAGGUGUACUUUGUUCAUGAGGGUUACCAAGGACUGGUGGACGGCGGUGACAACAUCCAGGAGGCCACAUGGGAACGCGUCUCCAUGAUGCUUCAGCUGGGCGGCACUGUAAUUGGAAGCGCCAGAUGCCAGGACUUCCGCAUGCGUGAGGGUCGUCUGAAAGCCGCCCGCAACCUGGUGAAGAGAGGCAUCACCAACCUGUGUGUCAUCGGGGGAGACGGCAGUCUGACCGGAGCAGACACCUUCCGGGCCGAGUGGAGCAGUUUGCUAGUGGAACUGGUUAAAACAGGUGGCGUCACAGCAGAGGAAGCCAAGAACUCGAGUCACCUGAACAUUGUAGGAAUGGUCGGCUCCAUCGAUAACGACUUUUGCGGCACGGACAUGACGAUAGGCACAGACUCCGCCCUUCACAGGAUAAUGGAGAUAGUCGAUGCUAUAACGACGACUGCCCAGAGUCACCAGAGGACGUUUGUGCUGGAGGUGAUGGGCCGUCACUGCGGCUACCUAGCUCUCAUAACGGCCCUGGCUUGUGGUGCCGACUGGGUUUUCAUUCCCGAAUCUCCGCCUGAGGAUGACUGGGAGGAACACUUGUGCAGGAGGCUAAUCGAGACAAGAGGCCGGGGAUCGAGACUAAACAUCAUUAUUGUGGCUGAAGGAGCCAUCACCAAGCAGGGCCAACCCAUCACCUCGGAGAACAUCAAAAACUUGGUUGUUAAACGCCUUGGCUAUGACACGAGAGUCACCAUCCUCGGGCACGUGCAGCGUGGUGGGACCCCCUCUGCCUUUGACCGCAUCCUGGGAAGCCGAAUGGGGGUGGAAGCAGUCAUGGCCUUGUUGGAAGGGACCCCGGAUACCCCAGCAUGUGUCGUCAGCCUGUCCGGGAACCAAGCUGUCCGCUUGCCUCUCAUGGAGUGUGUCCAAGUGACCAAAGAUGUCACAACAGCAAUGAAUGAGGGACGAUUUGACGAUGCUGUUAAAUUGAGAGGAAGGAGCUUCCAGAAUAACUGGAACGUUUACAAGUUGCUGGCUCACGUGCGCCCACCCUCUACAAAGAGCGGGUAUAACCUGGCCGUGAUGAACGUCGGCGCUCCAGCCUCCGGGAUGAACGCAGCCGUGAGGGCGGCCGUCAGGAUUGGGCUGAUCCAUGGGCACAAGAUGCUGGCUGUGCACGAUGGGUUUGAUGGUCUCGCCCAUGGACAGGUGGAAGAGAUUGGCUGGGGAGGCGUAGGUGGCUGGACUGGGCUUGGUGGAUCGAAACUUGGCACAAAAAGGACUCUGCCUAAGAAAUACUUGGAGGAAAUCAGCGCCACCAUCAGCAGUUUUAACAUUCAGGGGCUGAUCGUCAUCGGGGGCUUUGAGGCUUUCACUGGGAGCUUAGAGCUCGUGGAAGGUCGUGGCAAAUACGAAGAGCUCUGUAUCCCGGUGUGUGUUAUUCCAGCCACCGUGUCCAACAACGUCCCCGGCUCGGACUUCAGCAUCGGAGCAGACACCGCCCUCAAUACUAUCACCACGACCUGUGACCGUAUCAAACAAUCUUCAGCUGGCACCAAGAGGCGGGUGUUCAUCAUCGAGACCAUGGGAGGGUACUGCGGCUACCUGGCCACCAUGGCAGGCCUGGCUUCAGGAGCGGACGCGGCUUAUAUUUUUGAAGAUCCCUUCACCAUCCGCGACUUACAGGUUAACGUCGAGCAUCUGUGUGAGAAAAUGAAGACCACAGUGAAGAGAGGCCUGGUGUUGAGGAAUGAGAAGUGCAAUGAAAACUACACCACCGACUUCAUCUUCAACCUGUAUUCGGAGGAAGGGAAAGGCAUCUUCGAGAGCAGGAAGAACGUCCUGGGACACAUGCAGCAGGGUGGGACGCCGACUCCCUUCGACAGGAACUUUGGAACUAAGAUGGGUGCGAAGUCUGUGGCAUGGCUCACCGGAAAAAUCAAGGAAUACUCCAGGCAUGGUCGUAUCUUUGCCAACACCGCGGAUUCAGCCUGCCUCCUGGGCAUGCGCAGACGGAGUCUCGUCUUCCAGCCACUCGCCGAACUCGAAGAACAGACAGAUUUUGAGCACCGCCUCCCCAAACAACAGUGGUGGCUAAAACUUCGUCCAAUCUUAAAGAUUCUGGCCAAAUACAAGGCCGACUUGGAUACCUCCGAGAAAGCCCACCUGGAACACAUCACGCACAAGGUGGUGCCUGUGGAAGCCAACAUCUGAACCGCUGGCGAGGCAACACCGCUGGAAGAAGAGCAGAUCUGGCUCUGAAAAUAGCUUUUGGCAUCAGGGACCUCUGAAAUAAAGUUCUCACUGUUUUAGCUCACGUCCCCAGGUCAGCAUGCAGCAGUCUAGCAUUUAUACAGUAGUUGGGGCUGCAGUCAGCCACGUGUGUGUAUGAAAACAAGACACACCACUUACAGGACGGCAAUGCAAUAUCCUGGUAUAUAUAACUGCCUAAUUUACUGGUUAAAAAACAGUUUUGAAAUGCACUUUCUGGGGCUGAUUUAGCUUCCACAGGAUAGUUUAAAUGGAUGCAUCGAUCAGGCUUCUUUUACAUCCAAGUUAAUUAUUUUUAAAUGUUAGAGUCUAAUUUAUGUAACGGUUUUCAAAGAAACCCUCCGUGUUUCUGAACUGGCUCGUGUUAUGGAGGAAGUGCCAACGAAAUGAGAAUAAACGCUAUGGGUAGAAUUA